AUGCAGAAAUGGAAACUAUGGUCUGUGGUCUUCCUGGCCUUCCUCUCUGCCCAGGCCUUUCCACAUCCUGACAUCAGUAUCCAUUCAGGUGCCCCAGAUGUGCCCCUGGUGUGUCCCCUGUUCCAGACAGAGUUUCACUGCUACAGAUUCUUCCCCAUCAACAAGACCUGAGCUGAGGCCAACUUACACUGCUCUCAGUUUACUGCUGGUAGGAAAUCUGCCAAGCUGGCCUCCAUUCACAAAUGGGCUCAGGAUGGGCAGUUUGAAUGGACUGAUGGCUUCCCUUAUGACUACAGUUACUGGGACAGGAGCCACUCUGGUGAUGGCAUCCAUAGAGAUCCAGAAGACCAUAUGCAGAUGUGA